AUGAUCUCAUCAGUCAAUAGGCUUAGCAGCUUGCUGGAUGGCGUCAUAUGCCACAUUCUCUCUUUCCUCCCGACAAAGCUCUCAGUGGCGACCAGUGUUCUCGGAAAAAGAUGGAGGUUUUUGUGGGCCCACGUCCCCUGUUUGGACUUCAGUGGAAACGAUUUAACCGGCGAAACAGAGCAUUCGGACAUCAUCAAUCGAUUCAUUUUGCUCCACGAGGCGAAGAGAAUGAAUACUUUUAGGCUCAGUUUAGUGAACUGCAACGAGUAUCAACUCGAGACAUGGAUUAGUGCUGCCAUCAAGCGUAAUAUCCGGGAUAUAUAUCUUGCUCUUUAUGGAUUUGGGGACAGAUUAAUGCUCCUGAGUCCCCUCUUCACCUGCAAAACCGUUGUUGAUAUGAGACUUUCCGGAGGUAAACGUAUCUCGUCAAGUGUGAACAUACAUUUGCCUAGCCUAAGAAAGCUUGUUCUUGAUCUUGUUGAGUUUGAGGAUGAUGAAGCUCUUACUCACUUGCUUUCCGGCUGUCCUUUGCUCAAGAAGUUGACCUUGGUUUAUAGUUUCAUAGGAAAUGAAAAAAAAUUAGGCUGCAUUAAUAUAUCUUCACCCUCGUUGGAAACUCUUGAUGUCUGUCUUCUACAUGUUUACGAAGAUAUCCCUGUCUAUGGGAUUGUAAUAAAUGCAAAGGCACUUAGAUAUCUCUAUAUGGGUAAUUGUCCUUUGGGGCGCAUCACAAAUUCGACAACUAUGACCUCGUUAGAUGAGGCGUGCAUCUUCUUUCAAUACGAUUUCUACUUGUAUAUGAACAGCGAGAGCUAUUCCAAUGUGGUGAAAUUUCUUGAUUGUCUUUGUAAUGUCAAAUGUCUAAAGAUAUCAAGUUAUGGAGGCGAGGAGAGUUAUGUUAAUGUUGCCUUGCCCUCCAAAACCAUUUUUCACAUUGCUCGAGCUCGAACAAAAGCCCUAUUCAUUAAUGAAUUGUACUCGGCUUGGCUUGAAACCGUUGGGACUUGGGAGUCGGAAUGCUCCAAGGCUACCCUAUCCGAAUCCGAACCCGAACCCGAACCCGAGCCGGAUCUCAAUACGAACCCAAGUCGGACCCGAAUCGCAAGAUUGGAGCUGGAGUUCGGAGCUUGUGAAAACCCGGAUACCCGCCGUCCAAUUUACAUGGAGAAAUCAAGACGAUUGAGUGGAAAGUGCCAAAAGAUUCCGGAUAGUUAA